AUUCAUCAAGUAUUAAAACCUAAGAAUUUGACAUUAUAUCGAUAACAAACGUAAAUAUUGCCGUACUAAAACAUUUGAUGACUUUCUCCCCAAUCAACAUAAUUAAUUUUUAGAAUACCAAGUUUACUUAAAAUCUUGAAAAUAGAUUUCGGCCUCUCUUUUAGUUUGAAACUAAAGCCACAAACAAGUAUAUGGGCUCCUGGUCUGUCGUGUUCAGUUCAAGCAAAUACCAUAAGGCCGUAACUACCAACUCGCGGAUAUAACUUCAUGGAAUAACGUUUCGAAUUAAAAUUCUUCCGGAGUACCGUGAAAUUGGCUUUUUAAUAGAUUUUUUAUAAUUUCAAUGUAGGCGAUCGUUUUGAUUGCUUCUUUCCACAAUGAAGUGUAUAUUAAAUAUAUUUCUUUUAGUGUUAUUUUCCAUAGAUGUUCGAGCUAUAGAAGUUGCCACACAUAUACCACCAGUUGUUAGUACAAUAUUAAACGAAACACGAAGGAUUAUUAAUGGAGAGGAAGUAACAGACAGCCGGCCGUAUAUGGUAUAUCUCAAACUACCUCGGAGCAAUCAAAAGCAAGGGAACUACCGCACUUGGUUAUGUGGAGGAGUGAUCAUUCAUGAGGAGUAUAUAUUGACUUCUGCUGCUUGUAUUGAAGACGCUGAACACUUUUAUGUUGUGUCUGGGACGUAUAAAUAUGGAGACGAUGAUGACAGAUAUAACAAUCCCUGUAUCAAAAAUGGUGCAAAAAAAGCUAUAUGGAAGUGCGUACCUAAAAAUUACGUAUUUGAUGGACAUGAAAACGACAAUAUUAGGUGGAUGAACAAUGAUAUCGCCGUUGUCAAGAUUGAAGACGGUUUCGACUUCACCAGAAGGAUAAGAGGCUGCGACUUUAUUCCCAAGCCCGUCUGUUAUAACAACCAGAGUCAGACGCUAGAAAACCCUGGAACAAUCGUCUCUAUUGCUGGUUGGGGAACGACGUCGAGGUAUAACGAUUGGGUAAAUAGGAGAAAAGACAAUCAACAAAACUUAUUGGAAGCUCACGUGGAGAUCACUCCCAAAAACAGGUGCAAGCGGCGCUGGGGAUCACGGUACCACAACAUCAUUGAUAACUACAUGAUCUGCACCAAGGACAUCGGACAAACAAUGUCGGAAAUCUGUAAUGAAAAAUACGUUGACUGUCAAGAUAUAAAUUAUUCAGAUGAAGACGAUAUGAGAAGAGGCAUACACGUUAUGAAGACAGAAAGGAUUCCAACCAAUCUAGUGAUGCAUUCAGCUUACCACAAUGAAACAUAUAACAACUCAAUUGGAGUUAGCAGAAGAUAUAUUUCUAUGACUGACGGAGGAUUUUGUGAGAAUGAUCACGGAGGCCCCUUAGUGUACGGUUCUGGUGUAAAUUCAAUUGUCGUAGGCAUUAUAUCUGCUUGUCUAGUCAAGGAGAGAACCAACAAAUGCUACGGACCCUUCUUGUACACAAGCGUCUACAAGAACAGGCAGUUCAUUUCUUGCUCCAUUUAUAAAGAUGUUGAACCUAAAUGCCGACGGCAGUUCAGAUCUGGCGUAACUCAUGUGGAACAAGUAUUGUCGUGGAAGAAUCAUCCUGAUGGGUAGUUACUUAAUAUUAUUUGCCUUUGCCUUAUUUAAUUUUAGAACAUUACAUUACAUUUAUUUUUCUAAACGAUAUUUUAACCAAAAACAUUUUUCAAUAGGCUUUCUGGUAUCAUUCCUUUUUCUGGCCUAAGAUUCAGAGUAUAACUUUGCGCUUUUUCAGAGACCCUUACUGAAGCAUCUCUAAAUUCCAUCAAUAAUAGGAUUUAAAAUCAAAAAUCCAUUUGUAAUCCAGGUAAUAGAUGUUUAAAUUUGGUAUUAUUUCAGACCAGCAAAAAGCGAAUUAGAUCCAGCAAAGAAAGCUGAAUUAGAAGCAGCCGCUGCCGCAGAGGAGGAAGCUGAAUUAGAAGCUGAGGCGACAGCGGCAUUGGCGGCACCGGUUGUCGGUGGUGUGCCGAUAGUAAGAGCUCACGACCUACCGCCCGUACCUCCACCAGUACGGAUAGGAGACAAGGUUUUCGCAGAAAGUGGCUUCAUCCUAAGAACCCGUAACGAGACGACAGUUGCACCAAUAAUAGCGAAUGAAACAAAGGUUACAACAGGUUAAUUAAAGUUUAUGGUGAUAAAUAAAAAUAAAUUUGACAUAAUCUUUUGUUUUCUUAAUGUCCGUCUUGGUCUGAAUUUUGAUUAAUUCUACUAACA